AUGGGAGACGACCAUAGCCUCAAGACGAGCCAUAUGGCCAUCGUCCUAGGGAUUGGCCUCGGUGUGGUGAUGCUUAUUGUGCUCAGUUUGCUUCUGACAAUCGUCGUCAACCGCCGCGAUCGUCAGUCAUCAAUGCGCCAGAGGAAGAAUCCGGACGAAAGAUUGCGCAAUUUGGAUGCUGUCUCGCCCACCCGCACACUAGAGCAGUGGUGGACCAAUACAAAAGGCAAAAUGGGACUUUCCGAGGCCGUUGACGGGCAAUUUGUAGACCGCUCCGAAGAAAUCAGAGAGUUGAAAUGCCUACACGUCUUCCACCGAGAAUGUUUGGAAAAAUGGUACCUUGGCGAUCAUUACAACUGCCCUUUAUGCCAUCGACCCUAUUUUGUGGCAGACAACCCCCCAAGAAACGACUAUGUGUGGAUGGUAUGA